UUGGAUUUCGGCACAUGGACGAGUAUGGUGGAGCUGAACCUGGCCACCAACCAGCUAACAAAAAUCCCAGAAGAUGUGUCUGGUUUAGUCUCUAUUGAGGUUUUAACUCUAUCAAACAAUCUCUUAAAGAAGCUGCCACAUGGUAUUGGGAAUCUGCGCAAGCUGAGGGAGUUGGAUCUCGAAGAGAACAAGCUUGAGUCUUUGCCAAACGAAAUUGCUUACCUAAAAGACCUGCAGAAACUGGUUCUGACGAAUAACCAGCUGACGACCUUGCCAAGAGGGAUCGGUCACUUGACAAACCUGACGCACCUUGGACUUGGGGAGAACCUCCUCACUCAUCUUCCGGAGGAAAUAGGUACACUGGAGAACUUAGAGGAGCUGUAUCUCAACGACAACCCCAAUUUACAUGGCCUCCCCUUCGAGCUGGCCCUGUGCAGCAAACUGUCAAUCAUGAGUAUUGAGAACUGUCCUCUCAGUCACCUGCCUCCACAAAUUGUUGCUGGUGGGCCCUCAUUUAUUAUCCAGUUUUUGAAGAUGCAAGGUCCUUACCGUGCCAUGGUCUAA